UGAUUUAGGUUUGAGCACCUAUGAAAAUUAUUUCCGGGUUAAAAGCAAUCGGUUUUUCUCGAGUAGAAGAGUUUCCCUUAUCAAGACCCAAAGAUAUUUUGACAUGCAACAGUGUUUAUUGUUUGAGUUAAAAAAUCAAUUUAGUUUCACAAAAAAUAAGUGGCCUAAUCUACUCAAGACAUAAACCACACAAUGAAGACUUCCAAUGAUUCUCUUAUGGACCGGCUGAACAAUGAGCUUCCACAAUCAUCAGUGUAUUGGAUGCUUAUAGCCAUUGUUGCAGCGCAGGCUUGGACUAUAUAUUUAACUUAUUACAACAGUCGAGUUUUAGGCCUCAUUAUUACUGCCAUUCUGAACAAGUUUGUCAAAUAUGGUCAUAUUAAACUUGGUUCCUUCUCUUUCUCUGUUCUAUCUGGCAAAGUUAUGUUCAGAGAUGUGCAUCUUAUCACUGAGGAUUUCUCUAUCAGAGCUGAAUAUGGGUGGCUCAUUUUCCGCUGGUGGAGACCUUACGUGUAUAAAGAACUCACUGAAGAUUUAUCCCACCUGGAGACUAGGAUGUCAGUUUUCUUGGAUGGCUUUGAAUUUCAUGUUUAUAAUAAGUCUCAAGUAUAUGGUCGAUUAGAAAAACUUUUCAAAGGGGAAAAUAUUGAAAUUAUUGAUGAAACACCACCAGAAAUAAAUGUUACCAAAAAAAGAUGCUCGUUAAAGGACAUUCAUUGGAGGGAUCUGAUUCCUGUCACUAAAAUAGAAAUUGCAUCUGGUCGCUGGAUAUUUGGAAACUAUCUGAUGCCUUACAGUUGCUUGCUAAAAUUUGACAAGAGUAACAUGGUAUACACAACCAAGCCAGCGUCCACUGUUUUUGACCAGUUUAUGCACAUCCUGCAGUGUGACAUGGAGAAUGCUAGACUCAUGCUUGUGCCAAGUCCCAAGUACAAUGGCCCUGUACAAGAUGAACCUCCAAGGUUUAUGGGUGAAGGCUUUGUUGUGAUGCUGUCUAACCAUGUAGAUAUAUACUACUAUCAAGAUGAGCCAGGUAUAGUACAGCAUGAACUGGAACAGAUACAAAUGGCAGAUGGUGAGGUGCUAAUCAAGAGGACCUAUCCCUGUAUUGGUGUGGACAUUAAGUGUGGCAAAAAUACAGAUUUUAACUAUGGACCUUGGGUUGACAGGCAAAGAGAAUUGAUUUGGUCAUUUUUUUACCCACCUGAUUAUCAACCUUUGGUUCCUACAAAGAAAGCAGUGCCAGGGGAAAAGCGACAGUUCAAAUCCCUUGAAGUUAAGAUGACAAUCAACGCCAUUUCCACCAUUGAUAUUCUUUUCACUAAAAACUCAGUAACUCAAGCCCUACACAUGAAUGCUAGCAAAGGAUCCUAUGUGGAAGUCACAAUACCCUACAUCAUAGAGGACAAUGGCUUUGUAUCAAAGGUCAAAGGGCAGUUGAUGUUGGUGGAUGCUACUACAAGCAUGGCUUUUAGAUCUUUGCUAGAAUGUGAGACCUUGGAGUUUGACGUCAAUGUAUCUUAUCCUAAAGAAUGGAAUGCUUGUCAAGAAUGGCGCUGUGAUCUUACAGCCUGCAAGGCUCUUGUCUAUCUUAUUUAUGAUCUAAAAAACUUCUUCUCAGAUUUAAUAGGUGAUUGGUCAUCAAAAUCUGCCCCUGAUAUCUACAGUUUUGUCCCUUAUACAUUUACAUUAAAUUUAGUUGUCAAACAGUUUGAGAUUUUAACAUUAGCCAAUGAAAACAACUGGGUUGAUACCUCAUCACAGCAUCAGGAAAAUGCCCACAUAGCUUUCUGUGGAGAACUAUUUGAACUGUGUGCCACAUUUCCUUUCAUUGACUUUGUGCCCAGCACUGUACCAGUUACCUUGGUCAUUAAGGGUGAGACAGUGUUCUGUCGUCUGUACCUACCUGAGAGCAACACCAUGAAACAUGCUCUCAUCGCCCUGUCUGAAAACAUCAGGAUAGUGGACCGUGAAGGUCAUGAGACAGGUGAAACAUUUCUCUCCAGCAAUAACAAAGAAUGGAGGAACGCCACUAUCAAGAGCAACGGCUGGGUAGACUGCUGGAAAACACCCUAUGUUUUCCUGUCCGUGACCUACACCUACUACCCAAUGCCUGUUCUGCUGUCACAGACCCCAUCAGAUGGCAUGGCCAGCUUCAGUCUGACUGGUGACUUCAUGGAGGAGGAGUCCAACCUCCUCUCACAGCUGCAGCCUGGCUGCUCCAGGACCUCCCAGUCUGGACAUGUUGGCAGUGGGGGGGAUGGGCAGAAGCUGUUUGACCCAGGACUCCUGAAACCUGACCUCAUCCAGGUGGAGCUGGAGGUUGCCCCCUCCACUCUGAUACUGUAUGGCUCCCUGCUCAGAAACCUGGUUCAUUUGAAGGAGAACUACCUGGGAGAGUUUCAAAAGGCCACAGAUUUUGUAGAGAAUCCCCAGAAGAUGAAGGAUGUAGAAGCCAGCUAUGUCCAUGUAGAAAACCCUGACAGUGAUGAAAAAGCCUUUGAUUCCAGGGUGUAUCGUCCCUUUGCUGUCACUGUCUCUGUUACCCUACACGAUAUUCAGGCUCAUUUAGCCAAGAGCUGUACAGCAGAUGGCCAGCCAUGCCCCAGUGCAUAUGUUGAAAGACUUUGUUUUGAGAUGGACAAAUCAUUCAGAGAAACCAAACUACAGCUGCUGUUGUCCCCUUGUGUGCUGCUGGCUAAAGAUGGUAUUUCUAGAGAUGUUGACCAGGAACACCUGAAGGACGGACACCUGGCCCUCUCUGGUCUACAGGUGCGUGGCCAUGCCAUGUUCUCCCUAGAAGGUCUUCCUCUGGACAGUGAAACUUUAGAGUAUGGUUGGCUGAUAGAGGUCAUUGUGGGCGAGCUCACUGGCAAACUGACCACCCCUCAGCUACAAAACAUAGCAGAGUUUCUUCAAACAUUUAUCAUGAUGAUUGAGAACGCAGAGAACAAACUCCAGACAUCCCACACCUACAAGCUGUGUCAGCACAUGGACCCCCAAGAGGCGUGCUAUGAGUCUAAAGCCUUGCCCUUUCUGUGCCCAAGCUCAGAGGAAGUCAAGUACGAAAUGACGAGACUUUCUGUUGAUUUUGUCAACAUUUUCCUGGUGGAGUCUGGCUCUGCUCUCAAUGUGCAGGUACACCCUGUGCGUGUGGCCAACUGUAACCUGCAUGGACCCAGCACACGAGCUGGCAUCACUGGGAUGAUAGAGAAAGUGGAGCUCAAGCAGUACGUCUCCUGCACCUCACCCAAGAGAAACCUGCACAACUGGCUAGAAGCUGGGGGGCUCAGUCUGGGACCCAUUAUGUUGGAAGCUGCUAUGGCUCUGGCCCACCCUCAACUUUAUCAGAACCAAAACAGAUUUUUGAGAUUGCAUGAUACAAAGACAAAACGCCUGUGGUUCCUGUGGACCGAGGCAGAACUGCCAACACCUACACCAUCAGCUGUAGCAGGCAAAUGUGGCUGCUUAGGUGGAUGUGCAUUUUUUGGCAAGAAUAAAAAUGGCGUCUCCUUCUUUAAGCUUAGACGCCAUCGUGAUGGAAACCAGGUUGCUGCCAUACCCCAGAUCUGUAAAGAUGGUAGUGAUCCAGGAUUUGGCCAAAGUCUGUUGCAUGCUGGGAAACUUGUGUUUGAAACCAGCCAUUUAACCCUGAGGUUGUCCCCAGUCAAGACAUCAGUGGAGAUGAAUGGGUUUGCUUUCACUAGGGGGUACAUGAGUGAACUCGGCAGCCCAGCAGGGGAUGAAGAAGCAUUUGUGAGGCUGGAUGGAAUCAAUGAAACCCCAACAGAAGAGGCCAGACCAAAGUCCACCUUCAGUGACACCCAGAUGCUCCUGGUGGGCAACAAGCUGGGGGAGGCCAGGAGGUUCAGCAAGGAGAGUCUGCUCACACGCCAGAGCUCACUGCCAUCCACGGAUAAAAUAGCUGGCUCGCAGCAGCAGGCAGCUGUUGAAAUGAGAAAAGAUUCCAAGAAGAGAAAGAGACCCAACAUGAUGUUGUCAAGCCAAGUGAGCCCAACAGCGGGCAAGUCAGGUAAAACCGCCCCCACAGACGUAACGAGCACAACCACCAACUACUUCAGCAGCCACAGCACCCAGCUCUCACCACCCAGCCUGAGACGCCUCAUGUCUAAAGUCAGCAUGGAGAGUGAUGUCUACUACACGGCCAAUGAAGCUGAUGAGUCAGACCCUGAGGAUGGCAAUGCUACGCUCACCUGGGAUGCUGUCUAUAAAGUUCCAUUUUCUGAUGACGACAGCUGCCCAAGCACAAUAAAACGAGCCCCGCAGCAAAAAAUUUCUGCUGAAGAAAAAAGGAAAAGAAAAACGAGGCUGCUGAAACAUGGAAGCAAUGAGUACAUCUCUGCCAACUCCAGUAUCUCAUCCCUGGCCAGCACCCUCUCCUACUGCUCAGCCACCUCGGACAACGACUCAGAGCUGACCGACUGCCACGUUGACCCCGAGGAGUUGAUUGACAUGAUAAACCUUCACAGUCACAUGAACCUGCCCAUCACUGAGUCACCACUGCUCCUCUCAUGCUACUCACAGCAUCUCUCUCAUUACUAUUGUCAGGAUUGGUGCUCCAGUGCACCUUGGACAGCAGUGUAUGCCAGUCGUCUGCAUGGGCUCAAUUCUGUCCAAUCAGAAUACUCCUUAUCUUCUGCUGGUCAUUCUAUUUAUAGCGCUGGAGCAGCCUGGACACCACAUUUCUUUAGAGUGAAGGAAGGCUUCAGUGUGAAUGUGAUGAAACCACGUCCAGACAUGAAGAAAGCCUCUCCUACAAAUAUAACAGCUGAGUUGUUCAACAUCAAGGCAACACUAGACAGAGAACACAGGAAGCAAACACACCCAGAGGAAGAAUCCAGUAAAGAUGCCCCAACAGACAACCUAUCCAAAACUACAGCCGUUGUACAGUUGUCAGGAUCACUAGAUGUUUUGUUAACUCCCCUGUUACUUGAAGCUUUACAAAGAUAUGUUGAAGCUGUGACUCCAACCCUUUCCAAACUCCACCCAUCAUCUUUAAUUGAUGGCCUACACAGCCAAUGUCUAGAUAGACUAAAGCAACAAAACAAGUUGAAGAAAGGCAAAGAGUGGGAGAACAAACCUGAGGAAUCUAAUGACAACUUGUCAUCCAGUAAAGAAGUGAUGCCAGCUAAAACCUCUUCACUACAGGCACUUUUUACCAUACCAAAGAUCAAUGUGUGCGUCCUACAAGCCUCUAUAGUGGAGGAAGUGAUAGCUUUUUCAAACUUGGGCUCAGCCAGUGAUCUGACUGCUGUAUCUUUGUUGGCUGUCUGUAUUGAUGGGAUCAGGUGCCAGCUCUUGUCUAACAAACACUCAUGUAAAGUUGCCAUAGAGUCCAACAAAGAACCACUGACCAGAAAAACCAGUGCCACACCAAAGCCAUCUGUCAAGUUUCCUUCUGGUCAGACUAGAGGGAAAGGGGAAGUAAAUCCCAUGGAGCCUGAUAUUGAUAAACCUCAAGAAGUCACAAGAGAAGAGAAUGUGGGCACACUGCACAUCUCACACAUCCAUGUACAGCUGCGCAGGCUGCUCAAGUUCAGCAACUACUCCGAGCAUGUUCUUCUCACAGCCAUACCUGAGCAGUUCUCACGGGUCUUGUUUAACCUGGAGCAGGACACAUCCACACCACUGUCCACCCACCCCACUGGGUCGAAUUUCCUCAACCAGGAGAGUAACAUUGGUAGUAGCACUAUCAUCAACCCCUCCCCUAAGCGGAGACUUUCUCGCACCUCUAGUCGAGACAGAGACCCAGAUGGUCUACUGCGAGGAGAUGGAGGUGACGUGAAUGGAGUUCCUGUGGCGGCCAACAUUGGCUUCAUCAUGUGUGAGUUUGGGCUUGAGGAUGUUUCAGUGACUGCUGUCAGGAGGCUUGGCUACCAGGACAACAGUGAUGCCCAGCUGAUUGAGGAGAAGCUCAACAGCAUUGACAAGACUGUGGCACAGAUGCAGGAGGCAGCCAGGGCCAAGGUGGAGCAGCACGACAAGGAGCAGGAGAGGGAGAAGAGGAAAGACAGCGAGGGAGUGAAGAGGGAAGAGGCAAGCCAGGACUCCAGCACGGUGCCGCUUAGCUCCCCUUCUGGCAACAUCCCCUCCUCCUCCCUCAGCUCCCCGUCCUGGGGCUCGAAUAAAUCUCUGGUGUCCAGCGAGUCGCCGUCUGAUACCCCGGUCCCAACACCUGAGCCACUAGAAGGUGAUGCCUCACAUGGUAGACUCGAACUCAAGACCAUCUGGUUCAACUUUGCUUCUCCUCCACCCAUAUCUAUUCACAAGAAAGUCGAUUUCACUCGGCUAGACUGGAACCUUCUGAGUACAGCCACCCCGGCCAUUGAUGCCUGGCUGAACCCCAGUGAUAGGCUGAUGAACUCUGUGAGGAAUUUGGUCAGAGAGUACUCCAGACGCAUGUGUUGUGUCAUAGCCUGUAUGAUGAUUGAAGGGCUUGAGUGCCAAGGGAUUCAUGUUGCCUACAAGAGCAAGUUCAACAAGCUGACCCCCCUGUCUAAAACCCUGCAAGAAGACCCAUCCAACCAGCUGCUGACUGUCCUGAGGAAGUACCUGCACAAGUACGGCAUCAACCCAGUAGAGAGGGCAGUCUCAGCAGAGACGGUGCCCCAGCUCAUCACAGUACAGAAGGGCAUACUGGCACUCAUGAGGCAGUGGAAGAAUGUCCUCUAUAUGCCCAACUUGAGUGAGAUUAACUUCAAGUCUCGUCGCAGCAUACGCCCAUACAAUGUGUCCUUUGCUCUGCCUAAAACAGAGACCGUAGAUGAAGCUGUGGAAGAAAGUGAUGACAUCAUGAUUGACCAGUUUGAUGUGGUUGAUGAAAAAAUUUCUCUACUCCAGGCUGAAGGGGGAAUAACUCACAGAUCAGGAUCUGUCCCAAGCCUACACAGCAAGGGCCGUCACUCUAUCAGUACACAGGGUAAAACAGACAAGACAGAUGGCCUGGAUUAUGUUAGUGCUGACUCUGUGCCAGCUAGCAAGCCUCAUGUCCUCUCUCACAUAUUCAAGAAAUCAGCUGGGGUCACUGACUCACCUCUAGACCACAGCUCCUCUAACUUAGCUCCCCCUCCCCUUGGGCUGAGUCUGAACCGCAAUGACAGCAACAUCAGCUUCACGUCCCUAGUGGAGAGUGUCUCAAGUAAUGAGCAGCUUGUGGCCCCCACACCCCCACACACACCCAUCAGAACUGCUGGACCCAAGCAUUCCAUUCUCAAAAACAGAUACAAACAGAACGAGGACCUGUACCAGUGGAUGGCCAAACAACAGACAGAGAAUGACUUCCAUAUAGACCUGGAUGGGGAUGAGACCUCCCAGUACCUGCGCCAGAACACAACAGAGUCAUGUACAGCUGGACUGGCCAGCUCAUGGACACAGGAUGACAGCAAGCUGGACGUCAACGAGGAGGACUGUACCAUGGCGACGUCAAUCAUGCAGCUGGCUGAUGCCCAGGUCCUCUUCAAGCCAGUUCUACAGAGCUUAGGGCUACAUGUGGAAAGUGUUCGGCCCUCGGCCAUGAUGAAAAAGUUUGGAGGCCAUCUCUUACUGCAGGGCCACAUCAGUGUGUUCAAGAUUCUGAUAGCAGAGUCAGAGGCCACACCCUCCCUCCACAUGACCUACACACCAAAGGGUAAAGGUCGGGGCAAGAGGAGCCUAAAUAAAAUACCAGAGAGUCCAGCAUUCCAGUGUGAAAGUUUUGAUGUGAACGUCUCCCUAAAAGAUGCAGUAGAUUUCAAUGAGAGUGGAGGGAGUUCAAAGUUCCCCUACAAGUUUGCCAUGCACAAGCUGGAGGCCAAGCCCACAACACUACAGAUCAACCUACUGGUCAACUGUCACUCUAUCAGGCAGAAUGUUGACAUGGCUCUCUUACGAUUGGCUCAUCAGGUGCUGACAAUGGUUGGUAAUGUCAAAGAGACCAGAGUUGAGCUCAAGCAGAAAAGACUUGAACAAUCCAUAUGGAUGCUGACACACAAGAAACAGGAAUCCAAAGAUUCAACAUCCAGUGUGGAUACAAAUCAGUCGGAUACUUCUCAAACUGAGCGCCUCAUGGGGUCAUUCACUAACUUAAUGGCCCUUGAUAAAAAGAAAGAAACACCAAUAAUCCCUCGACCAAGUGCCGUUUCAUCAAAGACAAGCACAGAAACUACUGCGACCCUGGUUCCCAGUUCUUCAGGCUCUAGAAUUGAUACAAAAUGGCCGCCAGGGAUCAAAAUGCCCUCACCCAUCAUGCCUCAAAAGUCCUUGCAGUCUCCAAUUCUUCAAGGGCCAGAUAACUCCACUCCAUCUCUACCAAAAGUGGAGAGUGGUAGCUUUGCCAAGGAUGGGAAAUCUGGCACUAGUACAGACACAAAACCUCUUCUCUCAUCUUUAACUGAGAGGCUGCAAGAAAAGAAAAGACCAGAGGAGUUGCCAAUUGGUAUUGGACAUACCAAAAAACUUGCCCACCUCAGAUUUGCUCAGGACUCAAAAAUGGAAGCUACUACAUCAAAAAAAAUGUCCACCUCAUUUGCCAGCACAGGAAGUGACGGGGAGGUCAUGACCCCUCCCCACUCUCUGAACCUGAGUGAUUCUGUAGUGCUAGAUCUGGCAGACACCUCAUCCCCAGCCCUCAAUGAGAAGACCAUCAUAGAUGAGAUCAAGGAGAACACGCCCCAGUGCUGGCGCCACCUGUACCAGCUGCUGGAGCUAUAUGCCACCAUGCCAGAGCCAAAAACUGUUGCUGUUAGACACUCUCAAGCAUUGAACAAGUUGCCUGUGAUUGUGGAAGAAGAGGGGGAGGAAGGCUCAGUCAAAAGGGAGUCUCGCAUCUCAGACUACAGUGCCAAAAUUGGAACACUCAUCCAGAACAGGAAGUCUUCCAUGCUGCAGGGACUCAGGCGAGAUUCUUCUACAGAUGCUCAUGAUGUGAGGAUAAAAGCCAAAGAGAAAAUAGAAAUAAAAACCAAAGAGCCAGUGAAGAGAGAAGAGGACAAAGUAACAUCUGCUGCCAAGGAAGAGGAGGGUCUGGGCAGUGAUUCUUCAUUAGCCCGACAGUCCUUCAUUAGGACAAGGUUCAAACAAAGUAUAUAUGUAGGAGAGAGCGUACCCCUGAUUGUGUAUGGUAUAGUGAAGGUUGAGAAGUUCCUCAUUAGUGCAGAGUUGAGUGGUCUGAAACUUGAGGCCAACACAACCAAAGUACAUGCUAGUGGAACUUACAAGAAAAAGGUCAAAGGUUUCCUACACAGAGUGUCUUCAGACUCCUCUUACACAGCCCAUGUUGGCCACUCCAUGAUCAACCUAAGAGAAGGUGAACCUCCAGACUGGCAGACAGUUGUGACCAUCAAUAUCAACAAGUCCCAGAGUUUACUGACAUCUGUCAUGCGACGUGGCAAGGAGCAUAACUCUACCCUCGUCUCCAUUGGAGUUAUUGAAAUUGACAUUCCACAACAUCCUGUCAUUUUACAUGACAUGAUGUCAAGAAGUUCCAAGAGGAUUACAGCCACAUUGCAGGAACUUAGAUGGCCCACACAGAGUACAAACCGCCUCCAUUUGUCAUCUGACGACAACUCCAACCAGAGCGCUGCCCAUGCCACAGUGAACGGUGCACAGAGUAAAGCACCCCAGGAAAAGGUCAAGAACUUGAAAGGCCUGGGUAAAAAAAUCAGGGAAGAGAAAGUUGUCCGCAAGCACCUCCAUGUGAAGGCAGUCCUGCAGGGUGUGGUGAUUGGAGCCUCCAUCCUGCCCUCACUCAAGGCCCAGUACAAGACUGACGCCAUCACCCUGACUGGAGUUCUGGGGAGAAAAGCUCACUUCACCAUCAUGUUACCCACACAUCUGCUCAGCUUCAAGUCUAGGAUAACGGCAGCAGCAGCACUGGCAGACACCCCAAUCCCAUCAGCCACCAGCAUUGAACUUCCUCCCAUCCAAGUGAUAGCAGACUACAGGGUACAGAAACCAGACGCUCCAGCCACUGACCACCAGGAGGUUGACAUCAGUGAGGACCUGGAGCUGUUGGAGGGCAACUAUCUGCAUGCUAUAGCCGAGGUGGGCAUGCUGGAGCACAGUCUGACCACUGACCUGCUCAACCAUUUGGUCUUUGUGCAGAAAGUUUUCAUGAAGGAAAUCAACGAAAUAGUCCAGAAAGUCUCUGGCUCUGGCAACAGUCAUGUAGAAGAAAUGAAGUCAACCAUCAAGUCAGAUGACAUCCCAGGGACCAAACCUCUGCUGUACUCUGUGUCUGUCAGGUUCAAGGGCAUUCAAGUGACAGCCACCACACCCACUUCCAAUGCAGUCAGAUUUGAAACAGGGGCGAUAACUCUAGAUCUGUCAAAUAGAUAUCACCUUCCAAAAAAAGAUUUUAGUGAUGCAUCAAAAUCAACUGAUGAACAAGAUAAGUACAAUAGCAGUCAGAAGAUGUUUAUACAAGCUGUUGUAGAUUUAAAUCUGGCCCUGGGACAGCUGUUGAAGAACCCUGUGUUUGAAGAAGCAGAGCCAGAGUUCCACACCAUGGCCUUCUUUAAAACCACCAUCAAAGUCAGGAAUGCCCUGCAGCAUGAGAUGAUUCCUAACUUGUCACAUGAUCAAGAGGCGUUGCUCAUCAAUCUCUUCAGACCCAUUAUACUAGCCCAACCUCUUGCCUUUGAUAAAGCUGUUCUAGUGUGGCUGAACUACAAAAAUGCCUAUGAAUACUGGACAGAACAACGAAUGGCACUCAACAAAGAGGUGCUGACCGCCACCAGACAAGUGAUUGACAAACUCCCCCACAUAGCCCCAGCUGCUGCCCCUUCCAUUACAACCUUAUUCUUACAACUCACUGUGGACGACAUGGGCAUUUGUGUCCCUUUACUCUCUUCACCUUAUCAACCAAUACCUAACCCAGGUCCAGCUCUCCAGUCCCCUAGAGUAGCUGAAGCAGAGCAGGGCUCAGCUCUUGUUCUCACUGUAGAGAGUACUCAGAUAUCAGCUUGUUCGUCUGGCUCAUUGGUCAGUAAGGGCAAAUUUAAAAAUUUUUGUUUGCGUUUUGCUGAUGACUUUGGCUCGUCAUGGGAUGACUGGAAACCCUGGCCAACAGACAGUGGUGCUGUGAUGAACCAGUGCAAUGUGCCAUCUGGCACGUACGAGGUCUGCUCCAGGACCAUCAAUAAACAAGAUACCAGCAGUGGCAAUGCUAAGUGGAUCCUGAAUGUCCAGUGGGACAUGAAAGGUAUAGACGUCCAUCUGGACACAGACAUAGGCAAGCGCUUCACCCUCCUGGGCCACACCCUGACACUGCUGGCUGGUGACAGUGAUGACGUCAUAGGCCCUGUCAACACUGACAAGCACAGCGACGACGUGGAUGGGGAUUUUGAUGAAGACGAUGAUGAUGCUGUUGACCUGAGCAGCCCAGACACACAAGAAAACAGCCAGGAGGACCUACAGUUGAAAAGACGGACCAGUUUAGCUUCAGACAUUUUACCUGAGGAGAUUUUCUCUGACACCUUUGAUCCUAAAGAGAGGGCCAGAAAAAUUGAGAGAGAGAUGAAUGAGCAGGCAAAGAUUGUACAAGAGCUGAAAGAAUGUGGUGCGACUGAAGCAACUAUCGAGAUAGAGAGGAAAAAACUGGAAGAUUUGCAAAUGCUUUUGUUUCAAGAUUUUAGGAGAGAUUUCCUGGAAAUGUUGAAAAGAAAAGGAGACAAGGCAAAUUUGAUCAAAGACAAACUAGGUCUUAGUUCAAGGCCAUUGUCACAUCUAAGGUCACGAUCAACAGGAACACGAAGGCUGGCUAAGUCCUACUCUGAACGCCACGCAGGCACAGAAGUUGACUUAAGCAAAGACCACCACCAUUUUGAUGAUCUGAGCCGAGUCCCAAAGGUGUCAUUCUCUGGCUCACACCUCAACACCUACACACCUCCCAGCACACCUGGCCACUUCUCCAGCUUCAACUCAGACUCUGAGGACAACGAUGAGGAUGAAGAUGCCUUCCUGCCUCAGAGGCAUAGGUCAAGGUCGCUAGAGGCCAUCCAGAGCUCAGGAUCUGAAUCCCAGCCAGACGAGGGAAUGUCCUACAAAAGAUCUCACAGCGAGAAGAAAAAGUCUGAGGACACAAGCUCUAUCUCCUCCAACAAGUUGGCUGAACAAAAUAUUGACUUUGAACUUGAUGUCAAAGUUUUUAUUGACAGUGGAAAAUGUGUCCUCUAUCCAAAAGAAGCUAAAGAAGAAGAAGUCAGAAAGUAUGCAAAGAAAGAAAAACACACAGAAACAAACCUACAAACUUCUCCGAACACAAAACGCAAGUUAAAGAAAGAAGCCUCUGGUGCCAGUAUAUCCAGUCAAAGAAAACUUUCACUAAACCCAGACACCACUAUCUUCUUCAUACCCAGUGUGGCUGUGAAGGUUCAUUACAACUCCAAGACAGACCACGCCAGCUAUGUGUGCACCAACAGCACUAUACUAGAGGAACCAGAGUUGUUUACUGCCAGCAAGCCACACCCAUUUGUUCCAGAGAUCACCAUCACCAGCCCCCACACCCCAGGGAAAGAGGAGUCCAAUCUCUCGCUGGACUCUGGGAGUCCCCGAAGGUCUGGUCAGCUGAAGAAGGCCAGUCUCUAUGCUUGGAUAACCCUACAGACAUUGCCAGAGGAGAUGAUCAUCAGCCCAACAUUUCUAGACUUCCUUGAACAAGCCCUGGAACCCUUGCCUAUCACAAGUUCUUCCCCAUCAAUUCUCAAAAGAGAUAUGAUGGACAGUUUGGUCAACAACAUGGAUCUAGAUGCUUCUCAGGGAUCUCUUGGUCAGCAGUCCAUGGCUUUCUUCCCCGUUGAUGUUGUUGUCCACAUUAAAGUUGACCCAUCAUUUAUACGUUUCAACUGCCACCCAGUGUCACGUGUUGAAUGUCUGCUACAAGUUCCUUCCCUUGAUUUGUUCUUUUCUACCAAGAAAACCGAUGUUAAUGAAAGCAUGCUAAAUGAUAGCUCUCAAAGUCCAAAGUCCACCAAAAACAAAGCAAGUGGCGCCACCCACUCCAGCAGCAGCAGCCACCACUCCUCUAGAGCCAGACACACCAGUGGCAUGCCAGAGUCCAGCUUCUACCCCGGCUCCAGCUCUGGGGGUUUGAGUGUCACAGGCUGCAUGUCAGACUUCUCCCUCUACAUCUUCCACCCCUACGGCACCGGGGUACAGAGGAGGUUUGCUGGCAAUGCUGACUCACCUUUGUUCCGCGGUCCUGGAGAGUUGGAGCGUAUUUCAGAAAACACCACCAAUGCCAUCCACGACCUAGGCAGGAGAGACUCCCUGAGUCUCAACGUGGAGUUUAUCAGGGUGAACAUUUCUCGCACUCGCAAGCUGGAGCGUUACAAUGAACUCAGUGAGAACCCAGCUAAAGGAGAACAGCAGAUGAGAUCUAAUGUUGUCAGGCUUUCUGCUAUCUGUGAUAUUGGCACUGCAUCUUUCAAAUAUGAUAUGAGGCGGUUAUCUGAAAUCCUUUCCUUGCCAAAAGCUUGGUAUAGAAGAACCUUAGCUAGACGCCUCUUUCUUGGUGAUGAAAGUAUCAAUUUAACAGCAGGGGAAGAGCCAGAUUCCCUCAACAUGCUGCCUGGGGAAAAACCAUUACAUCCAUUGUUGUCAUCCCAAAACUCUGUGUCCCACCCCUCCCUCAGUGUGUUAAACCCCCUAACACCAUUGAAAAAACACCACAGGCGUGGCUCAUCAGGUGACAAAAUCAGGAUCCAGCUGAGCCCUGACUUUAAGACAGAAAUAGCCACAAGAAGAGGUCGUAACUUGUCUAGGUCCCACCACCCACAUGGGGACCUACCCAGCAGGGAGUCGUCUGGUCACCGCAAGAAGUCCAGGACCAUCUCCUCCCCUGACAUGCCAGCCCGCCACAGACACAGCAUUGCUGGCGGCAUCAUGUCCAACACCUCCCUGACCUCACCCUCCUCCACACCCAAUGUCAGCAGCUCCUGGGAGACCUUGGUGCUUUUUGUGGUCAACUUGGCCCAGCUCAAUCUGGAAGUGAACAUGGCCAACGUCAUGGGUAACACAGAAUGGAAAACCAAAGCUUUGAAGACCCAAGGGAGACUAUCAAUCAACAGCAGUGGUCACAAAAAUCUCAACAUUGAUGCUGGCUUUGGCAAGUCUGUCUUUGAGUCCAAAGGUGGAGUUGUGGGAGGAAACAUUGAGGUCAACAACCUCAGUGGUUUCUUCUCUGUGUGUGAGGACCCUGAACUAGGACAAGACCCUGACCACCAGGCUGGACUGAGCAGCUCGGCGCUAGAGACCAAGAUUGACUACAUGGGCUCCUCCAUCAUCAUGACCAGGCUCAGCAACCUCCAGCUGCUGCUGAAGGAUGAGUGGCAUGUAGAGACCAACUCUAACACUGAUGCACCCCUGGCCACCAACAGGUCAGCUUUCCUGUUUGUCAAUGGCAAAUUGUCCUGGUCACACUUCCACUUGAUGAUCUCACGCUCCACGACCCCUGACCUCAUCAAGAUCAUCUCCAAGCUGGACGAGUUCUUCACCCAGCAGGUGAUGAGCAGCAGACGUGUCUUCCAGCCCACCACAGCUUUCCCUCCCUCUGCUCCUCCCAAGGUCCAGAGGAAAAUUUCUGAAAGUGCUGUGAUGGAUGAGCUGCGCCACCACCGCCACUGGCAGGGGGCUCUGGAACAUUUGAUGGGCUAUCACUUCUCCAUGCUGCCCACUGUCCUGCCACCAGAGGGCACUGUACUCGGGGGCACCAUGACCCUGGAAGGUCAAGGUCUGAUGCUGGCCUCAUUCCAUGGUGUCAACUUCCGUGCCAAGUACUGGGCUUUGUUCAACAUCAAGGAGCCGUACAUCUUCUUCUCUACGGAGGCACAGAAAAUUCCAGAGGGAGGGACCCACAUCAUACAGGACCUACAGUUUAUUGUGGGCCAGCAACAGGGGACACAAUCCACGGGGGUCACGUCCCCGCAGGCCAUCCAGAACCACAUGGCCACCAUCUGCAAGAUUUCCCGCACCCAGCACAUGCCUCCCAACUUCACCUCAGUGGACGAGUGGUUCACCUACGCCAUGACCUCAUCAGCCACAGACACCAAAGUGGUGUCGGAGUUCCCCGGGGUGCGUUCAGAAGAUGACAGCGGGCGCAAGUUGAGCAAAGUCAAGCCCACCUACUACAACCAUGAGACGGAGGUGAUCUUUGCCUUCCCCUCCAUGUACAUGAACCUCAAGACUUCACACUUCCAGGGGGAUAAGCCACCUGAAGACAACGAGGCGCGCCCUGCGGUAGAGUGCAGCUUUAUAGCAGAGUUCUACGACCAUAUCUACGUGGCCAUGGAUGCUGAAGUUAUUCUCUUCCUACAUGACUUGGUCUCUUCAUAUAUCAGGGAGAAAGACAGAGGAUCUAUGGGGCGAGCGUCCGCUGCCAAACUUGGAAAAUCUGACUCUAAACUGUCUGAUCCUACCUCAGCAUUAAAACACGACUACAGGACUUUUGAAUGUAAGACAUGGCAGCUGGAACCUACCCUCAGGUUGAUUCACUGGGCCAGUACUCAGAUCGACCCAGUGGGGGCGGACUACGUGCUACAAAAGCUGGGGUUCUCUCACGCAAGGGUCACCAUACCCAAGUGGGUGCAGCGAGGAUUCAUGGACCCCUUGGAUAAAGUUCUCUCGGUCUUGGUGGACAAACUUAUCACUGCCCUCAGAGACCAGCAGAGUAGUGGACUGGUGGAUGAGACCUCUGAUAUGGUGGACUGA